AUGAUAAAUCCAGAGGUUCCCGCAGACAAAACGCGACUCUGGAACUUUUUGACUUCACUUUCUGCUUACAAACACAAAAUCACGUGUAUAUCGGAACAAGAUCAUCGCUCCUCAUUGACACCAACCAAAAAUAAUUCGGAAACCAGCUGGUUCAUCUUUAUCAUUCAAAACUUUUAUUGCACCUUACGUUGUUCACUUCCUUUCAAAAUGUCCGACAGGGAAUUUUCAAUGAGCAAGGCCCCAAUUCCCACUGUCGACUACGAUAUAUCCUUAAACCCUAAGUCAUCAGCAUCAUCAUGCAAGAAGUACGCCCACUACCAAAAAUUAGAGGUUAGCCCUUCGUCUCAGCAGUUGAAUUCAUCAAUUACUUCGAAAGCUUCUUACUUUCGGUGCAAUGAAUCAGAUUAUCACUAUAGUGACUUAGACUUAACCUGUAUUCCAUUCCCAUCUUCAUAUCAUAGGUCACUUUAUUUGCAUAAGAGAAACACGUUGUGGACGGAGGCUAUAACCAUUCCUCAGCGAAUAUCAAGUCUAGCCUUCGGGUCAUCAUUGAAGAACAUGGAGAAAGUGUGUUCGACUUCGCGGUAUCUUUCAGCUUCACCCGAGACUUCGGAUUGGUCAAGAUCCUCGUCUAGACUCAACCUCAGUGGCAAGCGUCUCGAACAUGUGCAGAAAGUGCUGGAAGAUAUCCGAACAUGGCAUAAAGAGGUUUCUAUGUCAAUUUCGAGAUCACGUUCUGCAACACACCAAGAUUUCCACCUGAACAAUUUUGACACAGUUCCAACAAAACAUCAUAAACAACAGAGCCACCAUAUUAUUGGCGCCUUUAAGGAUCCUCUACUACAAAACCCUUCGUGGACUCAAGUCUUCAAUGGGGACUAUACAACUUCUCGAAGGUAUACUUCUAGGUCACUUUGUCCUGAGUCUAAUCGUUCUACACUCUGGAAAAUCGAUCCCAUUCCCUCCAGUAUCUACAAAUCGAAGCGGAUGAACACUGGGAUCAAAAGAAGUCCUAGGCCAGUCCCUAGUCCGAGAACAUCGAGCCUUGGUGCCACCAUGCUUCCAAGGCGGAGGAAUGCUAUCCGAGGUCGGAUUCUUCCAAAGCCAGUUUCCAUUAUUUAUCCAACAACGAAACAGCAUUCAUAUCAACCACAGGUAACAGGGGAUGGCCCCUGCAAUCCAGACCUUGAUCGUUGCUUUGGUUCCUGUUCGGAUGGUGAAAGUUCCUUCGCCGAUACUCAAGAUAAUGGUACAAUCGAUGGCACCGAUUCUUUUCCGACAGUCUCUGCACAGACAGAACUCAUGUUCCACGCACGAGAUCGGCCAGAUAUAGAUAUAGGCGGUCAAGAUCACAAGGACAGAAUUCCUCAUAGCGGUACCGUCGUUAGGCUUUCCGCAAGACAUUCAAGUCUGCAAGCUAGCGAGUCAAUCUUUAAAGCGCCUUCUUUACGAGAGAAUGAAGAAGAGAAGGCUAGACGGCAUAUUGCAUUUGUACAUUCGGCGUUGCGAAAUUUAGUACCAUUUGAGAUCUCAGAUUACCUCUACAGAGUUUCGCAAUUGUCAGAAACUUGUAAUAAUUCUGGAGAGACUCUCUUAAACAGCUUCUCGGACAUGGCACCGCCAUAUGUCAGGUCAAAUCCAACUUUCCAGUCUUCUGGGGCCCUUGGGCAGGAUAGGAAUUCCGAUCCUGGGUUUGGUUUCUCAUUCAAAAGAACCUCAAAUGAACAUUCUCGUCUGGAUAUAAUCGAUGGCCCGGCAACUGUUCAAAAGAUAGUAACCGAAAUUCUUCCUGCCAGCUCAGGUCUAGCCUUUGGCAAAGAUGCCCGCGAUCUCCUAAUCGAAUGCUGUGUCGAAUUCAUUACGCUCAUCUCGUCCGAAGCGAAUGAAAUUUCCGAAAAGGAAAGCAAGAAAACUAUCGCGUGUGAACAUAUUACCAAGGCCUUGGAACAACUGGGCUUUAGCGAGUAUGUCAAGGAUAUUGUGGAUGUAGCAAGUGAGCACAAGGAACAAUUGAAGGGAAGAGAAAAGAAAGCAAAUAAACUCGAACAAUCGGGUCUUACAGCAGAACAAUUAUUGGCGAUGCAGGAAGAAGCAUUUAGAGAUGCGGCGCAACGUCAUGGUUGAUCUUGUGUUGUUUCUUCUUUUUUCUAGUCUCUUCGCUCAGAUCAGGUUCAAUUUCGAACUGCUAGGGAUGGGUUGGGGAGUUUUUCGGUCUGCAUGCAUGGCUGGUUUGUGGGCGUUUCAGGAGGAUGGGCAAAUGGGGAUGGGAGGGGAUUUAUCUUUCUUACUUUCAUGUUCGUGGAGUGGAUGGAGGUGAAGAAGGGGCAGAUUGGAAGUGAUUUGCUAUUGGUAAUAAGAAAGUGGUAGUGAAGAUGGGUUAGACAGAUUGAGGCUGUUGCAGGUGGUGGCUUACUUGUUCUUAUGCAACAUUGCGCGAAACCAAUAACGUUGAUGAAACAUGAAUUUUGUGUUUCAACCUUGAGUAUUUGCGAUGCAUUGCUCAUGAGAAUAUGUGAUUUAUAAUUUGCUUGGCUUGACGAAAAAGCUGAACACUUAUCUAAAGUUUGAUAUGAGUUUCUUUGUGGACUACCAGCUAAGCUCACACCGGCUCUUCAUUCGCAGCGGUCACACAAUCAGUCGCGGGUUAUGUCAUAGGAGUCCAUGAAACUAAUACCAUACUUUGCUAUUCUCUGACAUUUUGUGCAUAUCCAACAAAUUUUUCAAGGAAUCUGAAGUGCAGUAUCACCAUUCCCUCGUCACAUACUUGUUAGCUAACAACCGCUUAUUUUAGCAUAUCUACAAUAAGAAUUUUCGAUUUUCAGACAAGUACUUGAGUUAUGGGAGUGGAAGUAAAAAAGUUGCUUUUGCGUAGUGGCCAUUGAAUAUUAAUGUAUACCCCAAAAAAAACUUGACCGAGUAAAGGAGGAAUAAUUCGUAUGGCUAACAUGUCAUCCUCGCUAAAGGCGUCUGGAAUGAGAAUGGGCAAUACAUGUUGGUUCCUUGGUUUCCACUCAUUAGCAAAAGAGCUAUCAGCUUGCUGAGUUGUGUAUUAUGAGUCUGUGGGACGAGAGGGAGAGGAUCAAUUGAGAUAUGAUGCAGUUUUAACUUUAAACAUUGGUCUGAUCGUAUCCGUUGGUUUUUCGAUGCGAUUUGUUUGUUGUUCUAGCUGAGGUUACUAGUUGUGGUUGGUAUUUGAAUGUCAUCAGAUUGGGC